AGCUUCUCUAAUGCUCUCACCAAGAACAUCGUGGCCAUGCUGGUGUGGCUGGCCCUCAGUAUCAUCAACAGCAGCAUGGUGCACACCUUCCUACGGCACAGUCUCUUCUAUGAGAACCCCCGCUACAUCAUGUUCAUCUACAUGGUGAUCAACGAUGCUCUGCAGCUCAGCCUGGUGACAGCUCUCUACGUGGUCAGCUACAUCUUCAGGAAGAUCCACGCCUCUGUGUGCUGCUUUCUGAUCAUGACAGCAGUCCUCACCACCCGCUCCACCCCUCUCAUCCUGGCCGGCAUGGCGGUGGAGCGCUACAUCUCUAUCUGCUUCCCGUUACACUACAGCCAGAUGUGCACCAUCCCUCGCACCCUCCUCCUCAUCUGCGUCAUCCUCAUCCUAACCGUCACCCCGCCCAUCUCUGACCUCAUCAUCACCAUCAUCAACGAGCCUAUAAGUUUCUUCCACUCCACCAUUUUUUGCGACCACCCGCUUCUCUUUCGCCACCAGUCCAUCUACUACAAGAACUGUGUGUUUGAUGGGGUGUACCUGUCUUUUGUGGCUCUGACGCUGCUCUACACAUACUGUAAGAUCAUGCUGACAGCACAAGCAGCCUCAGCAGGCCUGGCCUCGGUGAGGAGAGCGAGGAACACUGUGCUGCUUCAUGGCGUGCAGCUGCUGCUGUGCAUGCUUGCCUUUGUGGUUCCGUCCCUUCAGGCCGCUCUCAUCUCCCUCUUCCCUCGCUUCAGUCUGGAGAUUCGUUACAUCUUCUUCCUGGUUGUCUACAUCAUCCCUCGUUUCAUGAGCCCUGUCAUCUACGGUUUUCGGGAUGAGCAUUUCAGGAAGUACUGGACUCGGUACCUUGCUUGUCGAAGCCAACGUGUCAUCAGGAUCAAACCGCUGUUACUGAAAGUGAACCUGUAG